GUUAAUUGGGCUUGUUUUAGGAAGAGCAAUAGAAAAGUGAGGCCUUACCAUUUCUGAGUUUAUAAAGUGGAGGUAAGAAUCAUGCAAAAAGGUUUUGAAAAUCAAGGGUAGCUCAACUGCAUUUCUUUAAACAACGGUUCUGCAAGCCGAGCCAGAGCUCCGGGGAACUCGGCGACGGCGGAUUGCAGAUUACCUCCCAGAAAAAAGAAAGGCAGAGCGGGCCGCAAUGACCCCGCAGCGCGAGGCUCCGCGCGCUACCUGGUUUGACCAAUCAGUGAGCAGAGGGGCCUGGGCGGUGGUUCCUGCGCGUGCGUUGCCCCUGCUGGUGGGUUUGUGGUGCCUUGGGCCUGUUUGCGGACUGCUCGCAGUCUGUGCUGCUGACCUGGGCCCGGUCUCCCCGGCUCUCCCGACUGUCCUGCCGCUUGGCCCCGCGAAGCCGAUGGACCUCAGCAAGUGGUCUGGGCCCUUGAGCCUGCAGGAAGUGGACGAGCAGCCGCAGCACCCGCUGCAGGUCAAAUACGCCGGGGCGGAGGUCGACGAACUGGGCAAAGUGCUGACACCCACCCAGGUUAAGAACCGGCCCACUAGUAUUACAUGGGAUGGCCUUGAUGCAGGUAAACUCUACACCUUGGUCUUGACAGACCCGGAUGCUCCCAGCAGGAAAGACCCCAAAUAUAGGGAAUGGCAUCAUUUUCUGGUGGUCAAUAUGAAGGGCAACGACAUCAGCAGUGGCACAGUCCUCUCCGAUUACGUGGGCUCUGGGCCUCCCAAGGGCACAGGCCUUCACCGCUAUGUCUGGCUGGUUUAUGAGCAGGACAAGCCGCUGAAGUGUGAUGAGCCCAUUCUCAGCAACCGAUCUGGAGACCACCGUGGCAAAUUCAAGGUGGCAGCUUUCCGCAAGAAGUACGAGCUUGGGACCCCCGUGGCCGGCACGUGUUACCAGGCGGAAUGGGAUGACUAUGUGCCCAAACUCUAUGAGCAGCUGUCUGGAAAGUAGAGGAAAACCAGGAGACAGAAGUCGCCCUGGAGGCCCCAAGCAGUGUUUUCAAGUUCAGUGAUGCAUGUAGAUUUCUCUUCUACCCCGUUCCCAUUCUCAGGCGAGACCUGAGCCGAUAGUGGUUUAGGGUGACUUUUCUUUCUGCCUGUCCUUUAUAAUUGUACAGGGUCACAGACCCUGGUUUAUGUUUUGGUCAAAUUUGAACUCCAUUUUGGGGGAUAUUUUGGUACUAUGAUGGGGUCAUCAGUUUGUUAGUGUAAGAUUAGCAACCCAGAAUUUAAAGAAGAAAAAAUUUAGGUAAGAAGAACGGUUUAUAAUAAUAGAGCAGAGCAUCGAAAAAUCUUUAAGGGAGGUUAUUAAAAAAAACAGAUUGCCUCUCUUUGUGACCCUGAGAAUUGUGCCUGAUGGCAUCUUCUGAGAUGUGUUUUCCCAGCCCUGUUUCUCACUAGACAACCAGAGGCUGACAUGUCUGCUAACCCCGGAUAUGGUUCGUCUUGCAUUGGUUACUAGGUGUCGGUAUCCUACUUUGGGUCCUUUAAAGAGCAGUACUGGAAAAAGCAAUGGGGACAGUUGCUUUCCUGUUGAGGCAUAGCUGUCUAGACGAGCUACAGGGCUGGGUGAGGUAAUCAGAAAUCUAAGUCUGUGCUUAUUAAAUUGGUCCUUCUUCACUGGUGUAAGAAAAAGCCGGUCUGGAGUUGCUGAAUGUGUUCUGCUAUUUGCUUAGAGUUGAAUAAAAUUAAAAACCUUGUGUGGACAAA